AGGCUGCUGGAAUUGUAAGCAGAGCAUGUCUGCAUACACGCACCAUUGGUAACACUUGUAAAAAGAACCGAUCCCUCCCCCCUUUGUGUGGUGGGCACGUUCAUUUAAAAUAAUUGAGAAAUGUCCUUUGGCUUUUCAACACACCUUACUGUUCUCCGAGUAACAGCUUAUAUUCCGUUUUACAAGGCUGGUGAGGAAAACCAUAAGGUUAAAAAAACCCCCACACAUCUACCAUCUGGACAAUUCUAAAGGGCCCUCCUUAUGUUAAAAGUGGCAUUUUAAAAACACCUGAGACACUGGCUGUGGGUGAGCCUGUAGAGAAAUAUUGUCAACCCAGCCACCCUCCUUUCAACCUUCCCCUCCAUCUUCCAAUUGGUGCUGCUGGCAGUGGUGACACAGGGGGCUGAGGUGUGACCCUUGAGCUCUGAAGGCCAUUGCACGUCUGUCUCCCUCCCCCACGGACGUCCAGUGAGAGCGCUGCCAUCCUUUGGGUUCAGCAAGGGAGUAUUAUUCAGGAUCUGUUCAACCUUGUGCGGGGGGGGGGGGGGGGGGGGGGAGAAAGAGAGGCCGAAAAAAAAAUUUCCCACAUUGUCAGAGUAAUGCCAAACUCUGCCUGAGUGGGAUGAGCAGAGCAGAUGCUGCAAUGAGAUGCCAAAGCGGCUCCCCUUCCUCUGAGCCUUGGGUGCCUAUAAAUUGCUCCGGCGCGCGUUUUCAGCCUCCUCUUCUGCUGGCAGGUGGCACCCAGGCAGAAGUCUACGUUCGGUCUCUCUCUCCCUCGGCUCCCGGCCGCGAGGCCCUCGCCGCUGCUGCUCCUUAGCUCCUCUUCAGCUCCUGCGCUCCAGCCCCAGCCUCGCUGAGCGACCGCGCCGCCCCUCCGAGCACCGGGAGCGGCUGGCCCCGCUCGCGCUCCCCGCGCGGGUCUCUGAGGGUGCGCAUCUAUUAGAGUAGUGGUGGCUGCAAAGCAGGAAGCAAAAAAAGCAGGGGAAGAGCAAGCGAAAGAAGAGAAGAGGCAGAAAAAGGCAACUUCAGAGGGAAAGUUGGUGCGAACUGGCGCAGUCUGCAAAAACGGAAAAGUCGAUCGCAGGCAGUGGCAUAAAAGUGUGAGCGGGCCAGCGGGCGCAAGAGGCGGCGGCUGGCUCUGCCCUCCUAGUGGCGGGCGGCCGCCCCGAGCGUCUGCAGCCACAGGUGCGAAGGGGCUGGAAGGAAAGAGACAGGAGGGCGCACUGCGCACCCCUCCCCCAGCCUCCACCCCCCAGCUCGGGACUUCAGCUCAAGUCACUAGGCGUCCGAGCUCCCUCCCCAGCCGCAGCCUCGCGGGGGGAGCGGGAGCAGCCUGGGAGCGGCCGGCGCCCGCCCGCCCAGGGGAGUCGGGGUUCGCAGGGGGUUGUUUUCGGCUCUGAAGAGGUCCCCGCCCAACCUUCAAAAUUUUGUCCAAAAGCAGACAAGAGGAUCGCCCCGCGCUGAGCCGGCUGGUGGGCAGCAGGAGGCGCCUGAUCGCCGCCGGGGCGCUGGGGGUGGUGAUGGUGCUGCUGCUGGUCAUCCUCAUCCCGGUGCUGGUGAGCUCGGCCGGCACGUCGGCGCACUACGAGAUGCUGGGCACCUGCCGCAUGGUCUGCGACCCCUACGGGGGCACCAAGGCGCCCAGCACGGCGGCCACGCCCGACCGCGGCCUCAUGCAGUCGCUGCCCACCUUCAUCCAGGGCCCCAAAGGCGAGGCCGGCAGACCCGGGAAGGCGGGCCCGCGUGGGCCCCCCGGUGAGCCCGGGCCACCGGGCCCCGUGGGCCCGCCGGGCGAGAAGGGCGAGCCGGGCCGCCAAGGCCUGCCGGGCCCGCCCGGGGCGCCCGGCCUGAACGCGGCCGGGGCCAUCAGCGCGGCCACCUACAGCACGGUGCCCAAGAUCGCCUUCUACGCCGGCCUCAAGCGGCAGCACGAAGGCUACGAGGUGCUCAAGUUCGACGACGUGGUCACCAACCUCGGGAACCACUACGACCCCACCACGGGCAAGUUCACCUGCUCUAUCCCGGGCAUCUACUUCUUCACCUACCACGUCCUGAUGCGCGGCGGGGACGGCACCAGCAUGUGGGCUGAUCUCUGCAAAAACAACCAGGUGCGUGCCAGUGCAAUCGCCCAGGAUGCUGAUCAGAAUUACGACUAUGCCAGUAACAGCGUGGUUCUUCACUUGGAGCCAGGAGACGAAGUCUACAUCAAAUUAGAUGGUGGGAAAGCCCAUGGAGGGAACAACAACAAAUACAGCACAUUUUCUGGAUUUAUCAUUUACGCUGACUGAUAAUGCAGGCGUUAAGUUUAUUCAUCUGAGUUUGGACGCUGGAUUCGUAUGGCUAACAUCAGUGAAUCAAAGAUCCCAGGGGAAUGCCAGUUGUGGGGCACCUCAGUUGUGUAUAUGUGGGGAAUUCAAAUGCUACCUGACUCACAUCUGCAUUCUCAGAAACAUUAUGUAAAAAAAUAUUAAAAGCAAGAUAAGCAGAUGUGUGAUCCACUUCCGCCAAAGCAAAUACUCCUUGUUAUUAGUGUCCAUGUGAAUGAAGUCCUAUAUAGAUCACAAAUUUUUAUAGAAAAAUCUAAGACACUGAAUUAUUUCUUCAAUAUAUAUGAUACUUGGGUGUACCGUGAUCCUGCUGCUCUUAUCCAUGUCAGCUUUGGUUCUUGUGAGUGUACCUGCUUAUUACGAUACUUGGAUUCCAUUCAUAGUGUAGGAAGGAAUGAUUUUACCCUGCAGGAGGAGGUCUAAUCAAAAUGAUGCUGCUUGUCCCCAAAGAAAUUGUUUGCCUUGUACUCUUGUGAACUUUAGAGCUAGACCUGGGAAUGAUUCAACUUCAAGCCUUAACCUGGAAUUUCCUGGAUUUGACGGAAUUCCCAAGCCUAUGGUUAUUUUCCCAUUUUCUUUUUCUUACGCAUUUUCUUUUUUCUCUUUAAUGGUGAUAGUCUUUUGAAGUAGAGAUUGAAAUUGUAUCAUAGGAUUACCCUAUAAGUGUGAAAAUGUGUAAUAUGUAUGGUAUUUAGAAAAUCCCCUACGUACCCAUUUUGUCACUAGAAUGUGUUUAGAUUUACUUGGAAAGUCAGAGAAAUUUAUUCUUUGGUGUUAAAUCAGACUGAGGUUUUUUGUCUACUUUGGAGCAAAAGAUUAUUCAUAACCCAAUGCACAAAGGUUUAAUUUGAGCUACUGCAUGCAUCACCAACGGGACGCUAAGUAAGGCUUUCAAAUAGUAACUGACUGAAGUUGUGGCCUGAGGUUAUUUCAAAAUGAACAAUUUCCCAUAUAACCAGUAUGACAACAAAUUGUAUAUAUUUUAUAGGGAUACCUGUUACAUAUAUGUGUGUGUGUGUGUGUAUAUAUAUAU